AUGCGCGGGAUCAAAUCGCUGCUCUGGCUUCCCGCAGUAACAGUGGCCCAGUCCACCGAGGGCAUCUCCAAUCUUGUUAAACGGCGACUGCCAGACCAUGUUAAUGACUUCCAUUUUACAUUGGAUGCUAAUCUGUCGGGAGACUAUGAUUCUUAUGUUGUGACCAACGCUCUAAAUGGGACGAUUUCGGUCAAGGGGACCUCAGUAAGCGCGUUAUCUUCAGGUUUACAUCGAUAUCUCACCGAUGUCGCCCAUGUCGACAUCUACUGGUUUAUUGGCAGUCGGCUGGAUGUCGCGCCAUCCAAGUUGCCCCACCUGACCACGCCAAUCCAAGGCUCCAGUACAGUCCCUUGGCGGUAUCAUUUCAACACAGUAACCUUCUCCUACACCACUGCUUUCUGGACAUGGGAGGAUUGGGAGUCACAGCUAGACUGGAUGGCCCUACGCGGUGUGAAUCUACCCCUUGCUUGGGUUGGCCAAGAGAAGAUUAUUCUCGAAGUAUUCCGAGAAAUUGGCCUUAACGAUGCCGAGAUUACUACUUUCUUCAGUGGUCCAGCCUUCCAGGCCUGGAAUCGGUUUGGCAAUAUCCAGGGCUCCUGGCACGGUGAUCUUCCAGAGACAUGGAUCGAUCUACAAUUUGAUCUGCAGAAAAAGAUCAUUCAUCGCAUGGUAGAACUUGGAAUGACUCCUGUAUUACCAUCGUUCACUGGGUUUGUUCCGGCCAAUAUAUCUCGUGUUUUGCCAAAUGCCAACGUGGUUCGCGGAUCACAAUGGGGCGGUUUUCCCCUUCAAUACACAAACGACACAUUCCUUGAGCCAUUCGAUGAUAAUUUCGCAAAGCUCCAAGCUAGUUUCAUCAGCAAACAACAAGAUGCAUACGGUAAUAUCAGUCACAUCUACACCCUCGAUCAGUACAACGAGAACGACCCUUACUCGGGUGACAUGGACUAUUUGCGCAAUGUCACUCGCGACACAUGGCGCAGCUUGAAACAGGCGGAUCCUCAUGCAAUAUGGAUGAUGCAAGGCUGGCUUUUCUAUGCCAACUCCAAGUUUUGGACUGAUGAGCGAGUGGAAGCCUAUCUGUCUGGUGUAGACUCAAACGAGGAUAUGUUGAUCUUGGAUCUUUUCUCGGAGUCUAUUCCACAGUGGCGCCGAACCAACAGUUAUUAUGGAAAACCCUGGAUCUGGUGCCAGUUGCACAACUUCGGAGGGAACAUGGGCCUAUAUGGGCAGAUCCAAAACCUGACCCAAAAUGCUACCGAAGCGCGAAUUGAGUCUCCGUCCAUGGUCGGAUACGGUCUCAGCAUGGAAGGUCAAGAAGGAAACGAAAUUGUGUACGACUUACUUCUAGAUCAGGCGUGGUUUCAGACCCCAUUGGACACACAGCGGUACUUUCACAAUUGGGUGACGAGCCGAUAUUCUGGCCAGAAACGUAUCCCGAAUGGGCUCUACGUGGCCUGGGAUUUAAUGCGACAGACAGUGUAUAACAACACAAACCUCACAACUCCAGCUGUAGCCAAGUCCAUCGUUGAUAUGGAACCUAAGCUUUGGAGUUUGGUCGAUAGCGUCGGCACACACGGCACAACUGUCAAUUACGAUCCAGCUGGACUGGUGCAGGCGUGGCAGUUGAUGUACCAGGCAACCAAAGAAGAACCCAGAUUAUGGUCCAAUCCAGCUUAUCAACAUGACAUGGUUGAUGUGACUCGCCAAGUCAUGGAUAACGCUUUUAUUCCGUUGUACUCGGAUCUAAUCGAGUCUUACAACAACUCUCGUUCUACACGGGACACAUUUGCGCAACAGGGGGAGAAGCUCCUCCAAAUCUUGACAGAUAUGGAUUCCAUCCUUCUCACCAAUCGAAAUUUCCGACUUUCGACCUGGAUCGAUUCGGCACGGGCCUGGGCCAACGGUAACAAGACCGAGAUGGCAUUCUUGGAAUAUAACGCACGCAAUCAGAUCACUCUGUGGGGACCAAAUGGGGAGAUCAGCGGUUACGCUUCCAAGCAAUGGGGUGGGCUUGUUUCCUCAUACUAUGUGCCCCGCUGGCGUAUGUUCGUUGAGUACCUGAAGUCAACACCAACCGGAUCAUACAAUGCCACUGAAAUACACGCAAUGAUACGAGAUUUCGAGCUGCGGUGGCAAGAUGAGACCUGGUAUGCUCCCGAGCCUACUGCGGAUAUGGAGUUAGCCAAGGUAUUGACCAGAGUCACUCGCCAAUGGCCAUCUGUUUUUGGGCUGGAGUAG